ACGUGGCGGUUUUGAGAUCAUUGACUUUCGGCGCGCCGGUUUGUUCGCCGUUUUUGUUUUUGUUUUCCGGUUUCUGGUUUCGUUUCUUCUAGAUUCGUGUGUGAUCGGGCCGUGCGUUGCGCAAGAGCGUGGCUGUCGGAUAAGCCGGUGUAUACUUUUUGUUUGCCAUAAACACAUACUCUCAGACGUGGGCUAUAGUCUCACUUGGACAUGGGCCAUUUCGCACGUGCAGACGUUUUACGAUUCUCAUUGAGCCAAGCGUAAAAUUUCUUCCCACAUUACGAAGUGACUGACAUCAACUCUUGGCAAAACCAAUAUCCCAAACAGGCAACCUCGGAGAAUUUCUCGAAUCAUACCAAAAAGAGUCGUGACGUUAUCUACAAAUCAGAAUGACCGGUCUUCACCUCAGCUCUUCACCUCUUAUCCUAAACACAUACACACACGCCAAAAAUAAAAUGGCCCGCUAUGCACCAUGAACUCAUCCUUCUACCACAUCCGCCCUAAACUCGACGACCUCCUCGACGACAAAGCACCCUACCCCUACACACUAAGCGCGCUAAUCGCCUUCCUAUCAAAAUCGCAUUGUCUGGAGAUCCUCGAGUUCAUUCUUGAGGCUCGUCGAUACAGGGGUAGUUUUCAGCGAGUGGGGGAUCAUAAUUCCCGCCGGACAUUGCAUUUGCAGUGGCAGCGCAUACUGCAGAUGUAUAUUGUCUCUGGGGCGCAGCGGGAGAUUAAUAUCUCGGAUGAUAUACGGGAUGAUUUAGUCGCCACUGAGUCGAAGACAACGAAGAAGGAGGAUUAUCCUCCGGAUCCUGCACUUCUUGAUACAGCGCUGCGAGAAAUGCGUGAUCUACUACAUGAUUCGCUACUAUUGCCGUUCUUGCGCAGCUGCGUCAACCAAGAACGAGAACAACCCCGACCCCUCUCAACAUCCUUCCUCCACCACGACACAGAAUCAAUCGAGGAAAAAGAACACGCCCACUCCGACAUCUUCCCAUUCACCGGCGGCAAGACCUCCACCUCCACAAAAUCCCGCUCCCAAUCCCCCAUCCCCUCCAACACAGGCGCCGGCACAGACAAAGGCGACAUAAGCCACACCUCAAGCAUCAUCUUCACGGACGACGGUAACCACAGCCGCUCAACUCCUCCUUUCGGACUAUCCAGAUACCCCAGUAAACCCGGGAGUGUGAGUUCGGGAGCUAUCCAGUCUACGUCCGACGGAAGCGGGAGUAAAGAGCUUGAUCUGGGGAAGACAAAGUCAACCCCGAGCAGGAGAUCAGAAGGGGAUAGACAUUAUCAGGAGCAAAAGAAGAGGUGGAGGUUUCAUCUUAAGGGCGGGAUUUUGAGGCAUUUGAGGAGUUCGUCGAGGUAGUGUAUUUGUAUAUAGUUGCAUGUAGUUAGGUCUACGGGAGCUUAGGUGGGAGUGCGCAUGGAUAAAUGGCAUUCUAUGUAGAUGGUGAAUAUCAACGCAGCACAGUCAAUAUCAUACGUAUUCUGUCC